AUGGCGCCAAACACAGGAGAUUCUACACUGGUUGAUGAAAAGACAUCUCAACUAGAAACCUCUGCCACAUCAACAACAACAGACCAACAAGAAGAGAUUUGGUCUUCUAUUCUAAAAAGUACUGCCUCUUCAAAGUUUGUUCCGACUAAAAAUGUCUUAAUACUUGGUGAUAGAGGGUCAGGCAAAUCUACUCUCAUCAAACAGUUUAAAGGCGAAAAUCAUGAGGAAGAAAUCUUACCUAAUGGGGUCACCGCAAAGACUGCUAAUAAUAGUAAUACAAAAAACAACAACGAAGAAGCUGCUACCAAUGAAGUACGCCAAAAAAAUGAUUUAGCGUUAAGCUACACCUACAUAGAUAUUAAGGAUAAGGAUGACGAAGCUGAAGAUACGAUUGCCCGCCUCGGUCUAUAUCAACUCGCUGGAAGCCAGCUGGCCUAUCAUUCCCUCCUUCGAUUUGUGCUCAAUGCCACAACUUUACCGGAUUCACUUGUGGUGAUUGUGCUUGAUUGGGCUCGUCCUUGGGCGUUUGCCGAGACAUUACAGAGAUGGAUUAAGAUUUUAGAGAGCGCAAUCGAGAGUGUGAAAUCUGAGGGUCCGAUACCUGGCUCGAAAGAUGGAUGGACUCAAGGCAAAGUGGUUGUUGAUGGACUAGUAGAGUCACUUGAACGUUUCAUUCAGAAUUACACAGAACCAGAUUCAGUUAACACUAAUACUAAUGUUCCUGUUGGAGAUCCUGAUGUUGCGUUGCCUUUGGGCCAGGGAACGCUUACAAAGAAUUUGGGAAUUCCACUGAUUGUUGUCUGUGCAAAGUCUGACAAUCUCUCUAAUCAUGAACGAGAAUUAGAGUACACAGAAGAGAUAUUUGAUUUCAUUCAACAGAGUCUACGAACUAUAUGCCUAAAAUAUGGAGCUGGACUUUUCUACACUAGCGUUAAACAAUCACAAACUUUUAGUGAUCUCCGCCAAUACAUUUUGCAUCGACUUCUCGGGGAAAAAUCAUCUUCCAGUGACACUAAAUCUAAUUAUGCCUUCACUAAAAAGGCGCACGUUGUCGAACGAAACACUGUCAGGGUUCCGACCGGAUGGGACUCUUGGGGAAAAAUUAAAGUGUUACGAGAUGGGUUUGAUUGCAAUUCUUUGCUAGAGGGAUGGGAUAACGAUAUGUUGGGGGUGAAAUCGGAGAGUAUUGAAGGAAAAAACGAAGAGAAGAACGUUAGUUUCUUAAAAGAAUAUGAUCAAGUUGUGUUCCAUGAAGAUUCUGAUAAGCCUUCUGUCCAAACUAUGAUAGUUGCAGAGGAUGAACAAGCAUUUUUUGAACGUCAUUUUGAAACUCUACAAAAAGGUGGUAGUGAGCGUUUUACUUCUCCAUCAGUUGUUGGACCUAUGGGUGCCGCCACUUAUGCCUACACUAAUAUUGGUGGUAUUGAUUACGGGUUGGAGGAACGACUUGCAAAAUAUAGACAUAAUAAAGACACAACCAAAGCCACAACUCAAUCUACUCAUGAUAUUACAACAAAUGGAUCGAUUCCAGUAGUCACCAAUGGCGCAGCACCACCGUCCCAAAAUGAAGUUAUUGCAAACUUCUUCCAUGCACUACUUACCAAAAAAGCUUCUACGAAUCCGCCAUCGGGUGCUCCAGGUUCUAACCAAACCUCCCCUAACAAUUCAACAAUAAAUCUUCCAAUUAUAACAGCUAAAAAUCCCACUCCGACAACAAAUGUACCAUCACGAAAAAUGGUUAAAGAUGAACUAGACAAAAUGAAAUCUUCAAAUUCGCAAACUGUUAGCGCUGUUGGAAAGUAG